GGGAUUGGCUGUGCCGUGCCGGCCAGCUGGGCUAGAUAGCCUGAGGCGCGGAUGGCGUGACCUGGCGGCCGGCGGCCGGCGGCCGCGCGGCUGGGUGUGUCAGUCUGUGCCUGGUGCCCACACGGGCGGGUGUCGUGACGACAAUACAGUGCCGCUUGGACCUCUCAGUAUUUAACAGUGGCGACGAGGUCCGAAGAACUGCGGGAAGUAUGGUGAAUGACGGAGAAGUGCAGGAGACUCGGCAGCCUGCAGUUAAGUUGGAAGAGGACAACGGGAAUCGGCGGCAACCAACGGUAGGAAUGGGGGCCUGGACGGGUAUCGGAGAGUUUCAUGAGCAAGAUGGUGAGACAUGGGCAGAUUACAUCGAACGUUUCGAGUUUGCUUGCAUUGGACAAGGUGUUGAGAUGGAUGAUGUAACUAAGAGGGCCCGUUUGCUUUCCGGACUUGGACAAGAGGGAUUUAGGAAAGUCAAAACAAUAUUGGCACCUUGCCAGCUCUCAGAUGUGUCAUUUGAGGACAUCAAACGAAUUGUGCAGAAUCACAUGGACCCCAAGCCAUCAGUUAUCGUCAGUCGUUUUCAAUUUCAUAAGAAGGUCCAAGGAGCCGAGCAAGGAAUCAAGGAAUUUGUUGCUGAGCUGAGAGUUAUGGCUGGUCGUUGUGACUUUGGAAACACGAUGGAUCUGAUGCUGCGAGAUAGAUUUGUGUGUGGCUUAUAUGACCAGGUGUUGCAGAAGCGGUUGCUGUCUGAAGAAGAUUCGCUGACGUUCGAAAGGGCACAGAAGAUCGCGCUGGCUGUGGAGACGGCCGCCAAAGGAUCUCGCCAGCUGACGACGGAGCAGCCAUCUCGCGACAGUCGCGAGGUCAACAGAGUCGAGGCCAGGAGCUUCAAUCCUCCUCCGCCGCCUGCUGGACGUAAACAGAGACCGACUCCACCGCCGCCCAACCGGUAUGUAAAGAGAGACUGCUACCGGUGUGGUGGAAGUCACUCUCCGCAGAUGUGCCGGUUUAAAGGCUAUAGGUGUCACUCUUGUGGAGCCUUGGGCCAUUUGAGCCGGUGUUGUAGGCAAAAUGAGCAGGACAAACAGCCAGCUACUCGUACAAAUCGUGUCGGUGAGGAUGGAACUGAUGAGCCUGCUCAAGUUGAUGAUGAAAGCGAGGUCUGUAGUGUCUACACGGUAGGUCGUCAAAAGUCGCCCCCAAUCACAGCCGAAGUGAUGGUGUGUGGUGUGCCCGUGACAUUUGAAGUCGAUACAGGAGCUGCUUCAACCCUGAUGAACAAAGAGACGUUCGAAGCGGUCAGGACGGUUGGCGGAGACAUCGGCCUGGAGUUGCAGCACAGCGAAGCUCACCUGAGGACGUAUACCGGUGAGCGAAUUCCUGUAGAGGGUGAGUUCAGCGCCGUCAUACGCUACGACGGUCAGCAUUUGGAGCUGCCGGCCUUGGUGGUGGACACCACCGGACCGAACCUGCUCGGCCGAGAUUGGCUGAGAGUCUUGAAGCUCAACUGGCAAGACAUCAAGCAGGAAGCAGGUGGAGGAACAGCUGGAGGCAGAAGUGGAAGCUGGUAUCCUGGAGCCAGUUCGAACAUCCGAGUGGGCAUGUCAGAUUGUGCCCAUUGUGAAGCCGGACGGUACCGUCGUCUGGCGUUCGGAGUCUCGUCAGCUGUGGGAAUUUUCCAGCGCGAGAUGGAGAGGCUGCUGGCGGGAGUCCCCGGAGCCUUCAUAUAUCUGGAUGACAUCUUGCUGUGUGGACACGACGAAGACGAGCUUCUGCAGCGGCUGGAACGUGUUCUGCGGCUCUUCCAGGAGGCAGGACUCAAGCAUCAUCACCGAGUGCGUUCGGAGGAGGGAGACGUGCUGCUCAUCAAUCAUCUGGAGGAGACUGGCAUCCUCAGUCCGGACAGGAAGUCAUCGACAAAUGGCUGUUCCUGUACAGAGUCACGCCGCACGCCACCACCGGAGAGACGCCUGGCCAACUUCUUCUGGGGUACAAGCCCAUCACAAGGUUGGACAAGCUGAAACCAGACAUUGAAGGACGUGACUGCACCGGAGCCGGAGGUGACUGCACCGGAGCCGGAGAUGGCUGCGGAUCGGCGGACGGUGGACCUCGCUCUGAUGCCGGCGCCGCUUCAGCAGCCGCUGAAUCCUGCUGCUGCCGACGGCGACGGCGAGUGCUCGCCAUCUCGGCAAACGAGCCUCCGGUGUGCCGCACCGUCUGCGGCCGGGGCGUCCGAGUGUUCCGCUGACGAGUCGGCUGGCGAUGCUGCACUGGCCGCCUCUGCCGGGCGGCGCUCACCGGCGGCCGCUGUGGGACGGCCAUCGACUGGUGAUGCGGGCGAGUGUGUAUCGACUGGCAGUGAUACGUUGGAGCAUGCACCGCGUCAAGCUCCUGAGAAUCCUGAACAAUCGCGGCGCUAUCCUGUGCGAGAGCGGCGACCGGUUCAACUAUAUCCUGCGUAGGGUGUUUCCGGGUGUCCAUUGUGUUGUUUAUGUUUGGUAGUCUCAAUUUAGUUGGCCAUUUUUGUUGAUAGUGGAAAUUUGGGGUGGAGGUGUGGUGGCUGGGAUUGGCUGUGCCGUGCCGGCCAGCUGGGCUAGAUAGCCUGAGGCGCGGAUGGCGUGACCUGGCGGCCGGCGGCCGGCGGCCGCGCGGCUGGGUGUGUCAGUCUGUGCCUGGUGCCCACACGGGCGGGUGUCGUGACGACAAUACAGUGCCGCUUGGA